AAUUUAUUCUCAGUCCAAAAAUGAAGAUCGAGAUUUGUGCCUUCUCUGGAGCCAAGAUCUACCCCGGCAAGGGCAAGAUUUACGUCCGCGUCGACAGCAGGUCGUUCCGUUUCGUCAACGGUAAGGCCGAGUCCCUCUUCUUGCAGCGCAAGAACCCCCGCAAGAUCUCCUGGACCGUCCUCUUCCGCCGCAUGCACAAGAAGGGUAUCUCUGAGGAGGUUGCCAAGAAGCGCACCCGCCGCACUGUCAAGCACCAGCGUGCUGUCGUCGGUGCUUCCUGGGAGGCCAUCCGCGCCAAGCGCAACCAGAAGCCCGAGGUCCGUGCUGCUGCCCGUGCUGCCGCCCUCCGUGAUAGCAAGGAGAAGAAGAAGGCUGAGGAUGCCCAGAAGAAGUCUGAGAAGGCUAAGAACGCCUCCAGCGCUGCCCGUGGACAGCCCAAGUUCUCCAAGCAGGGCGCCAAGGGUGCCAAGGUCUCCAUUGCCAACACCUCCCGUUAAAAUACUUCUUGGGAAUUUGAAUAAAUCUCCUGCGAACAUUUCAAACCUUUUUAUGAUGCGUUUGAAAAACGUGUUUUCGUUUGUUAUGUUGCCAGGGAUGGUAUAUAUUAGGAUAUUCCUAGGUGGAUAAUUUAUAAUUUUUUGUGAAC